AUGUACAUAGUCAAGGCUGCCGAUCGCGACGGCAUCGAGUUGCGCUUCGCCUCGCGUCCGGAGGUGGCCUACAAAGGCACAUCCAGGUUAGGGUUGAAGCGGGCCACGAAACAUCUCGUCGACAGGAUCCACAAUCACCUUAAACACUUCAAGGCCGGAGCCUGUAACAUGGAGCAUUCCUUGAACACGGUGAUCAAGGAAGUGGUCCGCCAUGGCGGCCCAACAUCCAUCACCGUCUUUACAGAUGGGAUCUGGCAGCAUGGGGCGACAGGGCCCGGCGGCGGGGUGGAAGGCACGGUGAAGUCGCUUGUCAGGGACAUGCAACAGCGGGGCAUGUGGCGCCCCGAGGUCACCAUCCAGUUUGUGCGUUUUGGGAGUGACCCUAUCGGUAUAAAGCGCUUGAGAUACCUGGACGACGAUCUCAAGAACGAGCCAGGCAUGUCUGGGUUGUAAGUGGGAUCCAAAUCCACACAUAAGCAUUAAGCGAAGCACGUGACUAACCAUCUGAGAAUAGUGAUAUUGUGGACCAUAAGUCUCACACAGCGUCUGUGUGGCUUAUCCUGAUAGGUGCUCUGAGCCAAGCUGGAGAUGAAUGUGCGGAAGACUUGGAAGGUGAUGAAGGGAGAGGCACUGUUGAGGGGGAACAUUCUGAUGGAAGUUGAUG